AUAACCGUGUCAAACAUCAAAAUAUCUCUUUUUCUGUUCGGUUUAUUACAUCUCUGGCCCUUUACUUGGAACACAUUCACUUCUACUUUCCUUGAUCAUCACAAACACAUCAGAUUCUCUCCUCUCCUCCUGAUCCCAAAGAUAUGCAGCAAGACCCGAACUCCAGACCCGCCCCCGGGUAUCCAUACCCGUAUCCGCCUCCACAGCCCGCCAACGGUUACCCUCCCAACCCCGGAACCGCCUACCCCUACCAAAACCACAACCCUUCUUACUACCCGCCCCCUCCUCAGCCGCCUAGUCCACGCGCCGUCCUAAUCCGCCGCCUCUUCACCGCCUUCACCGUCCUCCUCCUCAUCCUAGGCAUCAUCCUCUUCAUCUUUUUCAUCGUCGUCCGUCCCCAGCCGCCGACCGUCUACCUCAACUCCCUCUCCGUCUCCAACUUCACCGUCGCCGACAACCGCCUCACCGGGAAAUGGGACCUCCGGCUCCAGUUCCAGAACCCCAACUCCAAGAUGUCGCUCCACUACGACGACGUCCUGUGCACUCUGCACCGCGGCCGCGAGACUCUCUCCGAGACGCGUCUGCAGCCGUUCGAUCUCGGGACGAAGGAUCAGGCUCCCUUCAACGCGACGCUCUCCGUCUCCGGGACCUACGUCGACGGUCGGGUGGUUGAUUCGAUCGGGAAGGAGAGGGCCGAGAAAGGGAGCGUGGAGUUCGAUCUGAGGGUGGAUUCUUUGGUUACGUUCCGGUAUGGAGUGUACCGGAGGAGGAGAUACGUUACUGUUUUCUGCGAUGACGUGGCGGUUGGUGUCGGAGGGAAUAGUACUUCGGGGAACAUGGUUGGAUUGGGUAUGAGAUGUAAACCUUAUUGAUGAUAGAAAAUGAGUUUCUUUUGUUCCUCCUGGAGUAUCGAGAAUAUGAAUUUGCUUACAUUUAGGAGUUUUUAUAAAUUUAACAAAUUCCUUGGUGCUA